CUACUACUACUUCCAACUUGAUUGAAUUGGAAGAGUUCAUCAUGUUGGGGAAACGAUUGUUCUCCACAUUCCGGAGCUUGCAGCAUGAGAAUCCUUUAGGACUCCCUCGCUCCGGCACGCCGCCGUCUCUCCGAAGUCGUCGCGGGCUCCCCGAGAAGCGCAAGAUCCGCGAUGUGAAGAAGGUGAUUGCUGUGUCUUCGGCGAAGGGUGGGGUGGGGAAGUCGACGAUAGCGGUCAAUCUCGCUCUCGCCUUCGCCCGCCGCGGCAUUCGCACCGGCAUCCUCGAUACCGAUAUCUUCGGCCCAUCCAUUCCAACACUGCUGAACCUAUCGGGCGAGCCUAGAUUAGACGAUAAAAACUGCCUCCUCCCCCUAACCAACUACGGCCUCAAAUCCAUGUCAAUGGGCUACCUCCUCCCCAGUACCCAAGCACCCCCGACCACCGACCCGACCGAACGACCCCCCAUGGACCCGACCCCCAUCUCGUGGCGCGGCCUAAUGGUCACAAAAGCAAUGCAUCAACUCCUCCACUCCGUAUCCUGGGGUCCGUUGGACGUGCUCUUCCUUGACCUUCCCCCGGGAACCGGCGACGUGCAACUCACCAUCAACCAGGAGAUCAUACUUGAUGGGGCCGUGAUCGUGACUACGCCACAGGAUAUCGCGCUGCGGGAUGCAGUGCGUGGUAUCGGCAUGUUUCAGCGCAUGGAUGUGCCGGUGCUGGGGAUGGUGAGGAAUAUGGCGUUCUUUGCGUGCCCGGAGUGUGGGACGCAGACGAAGAUCUUCUCGCAGGGGAAGCAUGUGCAUGAGGGGGCGGAUUGGGGGGUGGAGGCGGAGUGUAGGAGGUUGGGCGUGGGGUUUUUGGGUGAUGUGCCGCUGGAUGCGAGGGUUUGUGAGGAUGCGGAUCGGGGGAUGCCGAGUGUGGUUGCUGAGGAAGGAAAGGAGGGUAAGGAGGGGGUGAGGAGGAGGGCGUUUUUGGAUGUUGCGGAGCAGGUGGCGAAGAAGGUGGGGAUUGAGUGGUAG